AUGAUACGUUAUAUUGCUGUCCUAGUUCUUUUCGUAACGGCGCGGGCGAUGCCUGCGCUGGACAAGGAGUCCAAUGAAAUCGGAUUUUUCGGGCCUAUGCUAGGUGUCGUCAAAGAGUGUGUUGAUGGAGAUACUUCCCUGUGCAUAAAGGAGAAGACUUUGAAAUAUGUGGAAGCUGUAAACACCGCGAGGGAGUUGAAUGUAGCUGACGGUGUUUCAAUACUUAGCAAUGGGUCUCCGAGGUCUGCGAGAGCCUUGGAACCUCUGCCUGAGGAGCCUAAGGCCAGGGAAGCUCAAGUCGAGUCCAGGCUGGUGGAUUCCGCUGCCGAUUUCUUGGAGAACCACGUCAUUCAGUUCAAGCUGCCGUCAUCUGUUAUUGAAGGCAUGAAGAGAUCACUAGAGGAAGCUCGUGGCAAAAAGAAGAAGAUCAAGCAACUCAUCCCUCUGCUCGCCCUGGCCAAACUGAAGAUUACCGCCCUAAUCCCUCUCUUCCUCGGCAUCAUCGCAUUUGCUGCCGCCAAGGCAGUACUCCUCGCCAAGGUCGCACUUCUGGUAGCCGGUAUCAUUGCUCUGAAGAAACUCCUGGCAAGCAAACACCACGAAACCAGCUACGAAGUUGUAGCUCAUCCUCACCAUGAAGAACAUUUCGCCAGCAGCGGUCACGGAUGGGGCAGAUCCUUGGAUGCUGGUCAAGAUUUGGCUUAUUCUGCUCACGUUAAAACCGAUUAG